AUGAAGCUUUAUGCUCCACCAUCUCGUCUUCUGUUUGUUAGUAUACCGAAUUAUUCACAUAUAAGCGCAUUAACAAGCAUUGCACGUGAUCUUCCAUCUCAUCAUCAAAUCUCGUUCGCAGUAUUUGAAGAAAAUAUUCAAUUAAUUCGUGAGAAACUCGAAUCAUAUCGUCCAGUAACCAUUAUUUCAAUGGGUCAUUUAUCGAAAUCACGUAAAUCAUACGCAAAACCAGAUGAUGAAUCGAAUUUAGCAUUUCUACAUCGUGUCGUAUUUUCUAAUAUUGUCAAUGAUUAUAAACAGAUUCACAAUGUUCUAUUUGAUCAUCUUCAAAAGAAUUCUUAUGAUAUGAUGAUUGUUGAUAUGUUUGUUUAUGCUGCACAAGAUUUAGCUUAUGAUCUUCAUAUUCCAAUGGUUAUACAUUCGGUUUCUUAUUUAAAUGAAGAUUUGACAUUACCAUCAUGGAUACCACGAGGAAUCGAUACAUUAACAUAUCAACAAUUACAAAAUUCAUUUUUAAAACGUUUUUAUAAUUCGAUUGUUAUGCCAUUAAUGAUGAUAUAUUAUCUAAAAUCUCGUGAAUAUCAAUUGAAUCAAAUACAAAUGGAAUUAAAUCGAACUGUGACGAGAUCAACACUUGGUCUUUGUACACAACAUUGGUCGCGUUUUCCUGUUAUUUUUUAUACUUCAAUUACACUUGAAUUUCGAUAUCGAUAUCCACCAAACUAUCAUUUCAUUGGUUUUCUUCUUGAAAAUCAAACAUCCGAUCAAAUUGAAAAUGAAAAAGAAUCAAAUCUUGUUAAUACAUAUGUGACAUUUGGAACAUUAACCGUAUUACAUGAAACAAUAUGGAAAGAAAUUGCUAAUACAUUAGACUUUGUAUCACAAAUGCGUCUUCUUCUCGUCAUACCUCAACAACCAAUUCGUAUAAAAAUUCAAUCUUUACUUUCAUCGAAAAUCAAUGUUUUAUCACGUGUACUUGUCGUACCUUGGAUUGAACAAAAACGUGUAUUGACACAUCAUUCUGUUCAUCUGUUUAUCACUCAUGGAGGUUUGAAUAGUGUUGGAGAAGCUAUUUAUGCACAUGUACCAUUGAUUAUCUUACCUGGCUUUGCUGAUCAAUUUACAAAUGCAGCAAAAGUUGAAGAAACAAAACUCGGUCAUUUUCUCUAUCGAAACAUGGUGACAUCCGUUGGCAUUGUGGAGAAAAUAAAAUUAAUUCAUGAUGAUUAUGAUCAAUAUGUUCAACGUCUUCGUCGUUUUCAUCAAACUGUUGAUGUGAUCAAAUACUUUUGUNAUGGAAUUUGUCGAUGUGAACAACGUUUUGGUGGAAAAUUUUGUGAUGAAAUUGUCAAAUGUGGUGAUCAACAAUGUCAAUAUCCUGAACAAGUUUGUUUAGCUGAUAGUUGUGUUAAUGUAACUGGCGAACUCUAUUGUUUAUUACAUGAAUGUCAACAUGAUGGAACAUGUGAUCCAAUUUCCAGACAAUGUUUAUGUCAAAAAGGUUUUGCUGGAAUUAAAUGUGAAUUAAAAAGUUUAUUUUGUGAUGAAACAAAUAAUAUUUGUCAAAAUAAUGGAACAUGUCUUACAACACAAAAUACAUGUGUUUGUACAAAUUCUUUUACGGGUAAAUAUUGUGAAAUUAAUAUUGAUAUAGAGAAAAUUUGGUUAUGA